AUGGCUGAAAAGACAGACUUUCCAGACCUCGCAACGGUGGUAUCAACCUACCAUAUCGAGGAAAAGGCUAGAGCUCACACAAACCACCGCAAUGGCCAUAUUGAGGGAAACGCGCUGUUGGUCGAUCGACAAGGCGAGAUUCGCAAAAUCCCUAUCCCUUCGUCAGAUCCAAAUGAUCCUUUGAACUUUAGACCGUGGGAGAAAUGGGGCCUUGUCUUUUGCUGUUGCUGGUUUUCUGUUAUGGGACUCUCAGUGGCUUCGGGGCUAGGUGCUAUUCUGAAUGUCUUCUUUGAGAUGUAUAUUCCUCAGGGCUUCAAUUCGGAUCAGGUGGUUCUUCUUAUCACUCUGCCCACCUUGUUCAUCGGUCUUGGAAACUACAUCAUUCUCCCUCUGUCUCUCGCCUAUGGUCGUCGACCUAUCUUCCUCAUUUCUGUGGUAGUUCUCUUCGCCUCCAGCAUUGCAGCAGCGACUCAGAACAGUUACUAUGGGCACUUGGUCUCCCGUAUCCUUCAAGGAAUCGCCACAGGCGCAUCCGAAUCUCUCCUCCCGCUCAUGCUCACAGAAGUGACAUUCCUCCACGAACGAGCUUACAUCUUUGGGCUCUACUGGAUGAUCCAAAACGCUCUCUCGUCGUCUCUAAACUUGGCAUCCUCAUACAUCAACGCCGAUCUUGGAUGGCGAUGGUACUACUGGGUCUUCACCAUUACUGUCGGAGUUGGUCUAAUAAUCGCCAUCUUCUUCGGCUUCGAGACCCAGUUUACUCGCCCUGCUGCUUCUCUCGACGGUCAACUUGUCAUCACAGAUGAGUUUGGCGUUACCAAAGUUAUCCCUGACUCAGAGGCCCAGGCUUAUCUGGAGGAGAUGUCGAAAUCUGGAUUGACGGCGCCCGACGCUUCGAACCCGGCUCAGGAUUGUGAUCGCAUGCCAUAUACACAGCGUCUUCGACCAUGGUCUAAGCCCUCUCCCAAGCCCCUCCGUGUCAUUCUUCUGAGCUGGAAGCACAUGCUUACGUCGUUUCUGUCACCUGGUAUUCUUUACGCCGUGCUUACCUCUUCAAUUGCUCUUGGAUGUGCUGUCGGUAUGUCCUUGACAUACAACCAGGUUCUGAUCCAGAACUAUCACUGGGAAGCGAAGGAUAUCGGCUUGAUCAACGUCGGAGGAGUCAUCGGGGCUAUCAUAGGCAUGGUAUACUGCACCUUCAUCGCCAACCCCUUUGUUAUGUGGCUCGCCCGUCGAAACCGCGGUGUCCACCAGCCUAAGCACCAUCUCAUCACUUUGGCUCCUCCAGCUGUUGUCGGCGUAGCUAUGCUUCUAUUGUAUGGCCACACAGCCGGCGGCGGCGCAACAUGGUGGGGACCUUAUCUUGGCUGGACCAUUUUCCAAUAUUCCUUCACAGCGGUUCUCAUCAUCUCGACCACGUUUGCCUCUGGAGCCGCUCCCAAGCAUCCGGGACCUGCUCUCGUCACCGUUGUUGGAACUAAGAACAUCAUCUCUUUUGGCGUCACGUAUGGUUUGACUCCUAUGGUCGAAGAGCAUGGAUACAAGUGGGCUUUUAGUGUUUUGGCGGGACUUUUUGGAGGUAUUUUCUUGCUGGGUAUUCCUGUCUGCAUGUUUAACCCCAAGUGGCGUGCCUAUGUUGCUGAGAGGGAGGCUCAAAAGGGUGUUACUACCACUGACUAA